CCCGAUCCCCAAAACAAGCAGCGCAACAUCUGCCUUCCCAAAGCAGUUGUUUCCGAUUCCACCCUCUUCUCCUCUUUUCCUUUUGGUGCAGCGGCCAACCGGCGAUCAGAGCGGCGAUGGACGGCGGGAAGAAGAGCCGGAACCCGUCCAAGGUGUCGGCGGACCACCGCAGCGACCGCAAGUCAGCCACCGGGAUGAGCGGCGACCCCAAGAAGGGCGGCCGCGGCGGCAAGUUCACCUGGGAGGGUGCCGACGGCUACGCCGACGAGGACCUCGACCUCAUCUCCAAGAACAACAACAGCCGCGCCGGCAAGGGCGUCGCCGCCGCCAAGAAGGCCCACGACGCCAACGCCGACGAGUAGGACCCGCCUCGUCCCCUGCCCGCCCGCCCGCCCGCCCUUACCGAUCGAUCGCCAGCAAGCCCUUCGCAGCUCUAGUUUAAUUCCACAGUCUCGGUUCGGUUCUUGUCUCCGAAUAAUAAGGGCUCUAAUCAAGUGUCGUGUUCGCUAGUGGAGUAGCUAGCUUCUUCCAGCUGUGGGCGAUCGACGGGCCGUGCAGGGUCUGUAGAUACCACCACCUCUUCUUCUGAGUUCUGUCUUUGACUUGCUGAUGUUGGUGCCUUGAUUCGGUUCUUGGAUGAACUGAUUUAGUUUGCGCAGUCGCAAUCGUUUCAGCUUCUGAUGUUGGGGGCCAUGGUUGGAUAA